GGGGGCAGCGGUGGGUGCUCCUGGAUGCUCAGUUUGCCCUGCUGCAGAGGCUGAUCCAGCAGGGUGAGCACCAGGCCAAGGCUGGCAUGGAGACGCAGUCCCUGGUGGCAAAGAGAUGCCAGGCUCUCACAGCUCUCAUACGCCUCACCUCUAUCGCCCCCUGUCAGGAGCUUCUGGACAUGCAGGAGAGGAACAAAAGUGGUGGCAGGGCCGGCAGGAGACACCAGUGUGGCCAAGAGAGGAGCGAAGCGGGGCAGGGGAGGGCCGGGUCAAGGGCGGGGGGCAGCAGCUGUAAUCAAAGCUCCUUCCCCGCCGGUCCCCAUCAGGGGAGGGAGAGCUGCCCAGCCUCCAGCCAAAUCCCCUGCAGCCAGAGGGGGAGAGCUGGAGCAGCAGCCAAGCCAGACAGAUCAGCUAAACCUUUGAGCAACGUUACUAAACCUCAGCUCCCCGCCAGCAAGUCUAAACAAGACUGUUGCCCCGAUACUGUUGAGACAGCGGAGGAGCCAACACACGGAGGCAGUGCGUCCAGUCCGGUGAACCGCAGCUCUCAUGUCUCACGGCUGGGUCUGGCCCGCGCCCUCACCCGCUGUGCAGACACCCUGGACCGGGCAAAGCAGCUCUACCUAGAGGUCAUCUCCAUGGCACCAGGGGUCCACGAUGCGUACGCUGAGCUCGUGCAGCUGCUGGAGCCAUCGGACCCUCAGGCUGCAGUGGAGGUGUACUGCAGGUUCCCUCUGAAUGCAUGCUGAUGACCCUGGAGCAGUACGACCACCCGCAGCUGGGCCCCAGCAUACGGCAAAGUCAUGGGCAGAAGUUGCAUAGAGAAAUACAUCGACAUCUUGGACGGGAAGUCCAUGACCAAGCUGCUGAUGAGUGUCUACUCGAGGAUCAACGACAGACAGGACGAUCAGGAGCUCCAGGACUUCUUCAAGAUCAAAUGCUGGAUUUGAUAAUUCUUUUAACACUCGAAUAAAUACCUGGUUUAUCUUUUGAGGGCUUAAGUGACUCAAGGUCUUCUUACUGUUUACCAAAGAAGCCUGAUGUUGCUGAUAAGACACUUUCUGUGUUUACAGAUGUAGUAAUCCUCCUGACUUUACUUACACGUGAUGUUAUAAAUAAGCCAUUCGUAAUAAACCGAGGACACUGACAACAUGCUCAGCGUUUUCUCCAAAGGCACAUUUAUUUUGGAAACUCAGUUCUCAAUAAAAAUGAAAUAUCAGUAAAAAGUGACAGCUUUAACACAAAACAGAAGUAGAACAUUCACUAAUAGUGCAACAACAGACGGGUGUUUCAGUGAGCAUCCCAGUUCAAGAAAUUAAAGCAAGUUUCCCAAAAUGUUAUUCUACAUCAAACCUAUGUGACUUAUUUCUUGGCUUUUUUGAUAAUAUGGGAAAGAUAUCAUUGUAUCUUUCUGCACUACAGGUUAACGUUGCCUGCAGGGUUAAGCCAAGCACUACACACGUUAUUCUGGGAAAACAAUAAACAGAGACAACACUGCAUAACACCAA